AUGCCCGCGCCGCCGCGGCGGCGGAGUGAGCGCCGGAUGAUGGACGUAAAAGUACUCUACUCGCUCGAUACGAGCCCGCACCAUACCAUGAUUGCGCGGUGCCCACGCCGGACAAUGGUCCGCCUCGCGCAUUCCCCCCAGCUUGGGCAGCUUGGGCGUGUGACGCUCAAGGCGUGUUUGGGCGCGAUCUGCGGCGCGAGUCCGGAGCUGGUGCUGGACAAUGCGAACGACUAUAUUGUCUAUGCGGUCGACCCAGAAGAGUCGCACCGCGCGCUGCAGCGCUCGCCGACGCACCGCGUCGAGGCGAGUCCUUCGCGGCGGAGCAUGCCGCAGGUGCUCGUCGGAAAGGGCUUCUUUUCGGGGGGCCUCGAGGAGCCCGGCGAGGGCUCCUCGGCCGUGACCGGGCGUGUGCGCUCCGAGGCGCGGCAGUCCUCCGCGUUUUCCUCGGACGAGGACGAGGCGGCGGUCGAAGUCCUCGAAGUGGUUCUGCGCAUGAAAGAGGCGCCGCAGCGCAGCCGCGAGCAGUACCGCAACCUGAUGCAAGGCAUGGGCGAAGGUGCAGAGACGCCGAGCGAGCGCCGCAGUGCGACGCCGCACGCCGCACAGCCGUCGCCGACGACGGCCGACCAGCGGCAGCUCAUGUCGAUGCUCAACGUGAUUGCCGGCGCGCUGCCCGAGCGGUCCUCCGAGCCCGCGCGGACGCCGGCGCCGCCCCAGCCGCGCACCGACCGCAUCUGCUACAACUGCGGCGCACGCACGUCCAAGUCGUGGCGCAUGCUCCAGCUGCCGGCCGGCGAGUCGGUCAACUACCCCGCGUCCGAGCGCCCGCCGUCCGACGCGGUGCCGCUGACAUGGACGCCCAAGUUCAGCCAGCACACCAAGUGUGCGGCCGACGGCGAGACGCGCUGGCAGGCGUGCAACCCGUGCGGCCUCUACUUUAACAAGUACAACGUCUCGCGCCCCGACCACUUUGGGGGCCGUGGCGAGAAGAAGAAGGACGAGCCGCGGCCGCCGAAAAAGAUCAAAACGGAAAAGGACACGCCGCAGACGCGGGCCAAGCAGCUCGGGCGCACGCUCAGCGCGGUCGCGAACCGCGACGCGGCGCGGCUGCAGCGCGACCAGGCGCUCCAGGAGAUGGACCGCAACACGUCGCCGGUGCGGCGCACGACCGUGUCAAGUCCCGCGCGGAAUACGGCGGUGACUCCGUCGCGCUCGCUGCGUAUGCCGCCGCCCCAGUCGAGCCCGAGCCGCAGCGUGCGUGCCAUGACGCCCGGGCAGUACGGCGUGCCUUCCUACCUAAUCAACUCGUCGCCCGGCACAGCCAUCAGCCGCCUCAUGAGCGAGCAGGACCUCGACUUUGAAGAGAUGCACCCGAGCGGCGAGUUCCCCACGCCGGGGCAGCUCCUGCGCACGCGCCCCGCGCCCACGUCGCCGAGCCCGGUGCGCCGCAGCCCGCGUAAGCGGCCGCACGGGACGCACUGCGGGAUCAACCCCUAUGCCACGCUGGACGUGGCGCGCAGCGACCCUGGCGUGUUUUCCGCACGCGAGGCGCCCCCGUCGCGGUCCAUCAGCUCGCCUGGGCGGCAGUCGACGCCGCCGCCGCAGCCCGCGUCGCCCGGCGUGCUCACGCGGUCGCGCGCGCGCAAAGGCGGCGAGCUGAGCCUGAUGGGCAUGCCGACGCUCGACGACGAGAUGCUCGAGUGCCCGGCGAGCCCUAGCGUGGGCCGGGCGCAGCGCGGCCGCGAGCGCCGCAGUGCACGCGCGGACGACUGGGCGCCGCCCUCGCCGAGUCUGGGGCUGUCACUCGUGCCGCAGCCCCAGGCGAUGCCGCUCGAGUCGAACGAUGUCUUUUCCGAGAGCACGUCGGGCACCUGGCUCGAUCCCAGCGUACUCGCCGCGUGGGACGCGAGCCGCGCGGGCGAGGCGCAGCCAGUGGUGCGGCGCAAGCCGCUGCCGGCGACGGUCGAGGACGCGUCCUCGUCGCAGCACUCCUCGCCCAGUUCGUCGCCGGAUAGCGUGACGGAAGGCAUCGAGGAGACCUACGAGCUCCUCGAGCAGUACGGCAUCCACGUCGGCCCCGACGGGACGCUGACCGGCAACCUGAGCCUCGGGGACGGCGAGCAGAGCAUCAACCUGAACGCGUUCAACGGCAUCGAGCUGCACAAUGCGCCCGCCUUUUCCGACCAGCUGCGCGAGUUUACCGAGAGCGGCAGCCUGGGCUUUGCCGCGCACCUCGGCACGCACACGCCGCACGACUCGCAGCGGCCGACGCCCGCGGCGCUCCCUGCGCCCGACGGGCAGUUUGUCGAGCUGCUCGACGACCCUGCGAUCCAAGAGAUGCUCUCCAUCUUCCCGCCCGAAAACGCCCAUCCCCCGGCGCACGCGCCUUCUGUAGCUAGUUCCUGA